AUGGAGCCCGCACAAACCGCUCCGACAGCGCCGGCACCUGGCUCGCUGAGCUGGCGUCUAAGCAGCCAUCCUAUUACACUUCUUACGUUUCUCUUUUUCCGCAUCUCAUCCCUAAUAGUCUACCUCCUCGGCCUACGUCUCCUAACGUCAAACUUCGUCCUAAUCUUCAUCAUCACCAUCCUGCUGCUAGCCAUGGACUUCUACUACCUCAAGAACAUUGCUGGCCGGCGGCUGGUGGGCCUGCGGUGGUGGAACGAAGUCGACGUCAACACGGGUGACGGACGGUGGGUGUUUGAGAGUCUAGACCCGGAGACGGGCAGGCAGAUUAAUGCGACGGAUAAGCGGUUUUUUUGGCUGGCGUUGUAUGCGCAACCUGUGCUGUGGGUUGUGUUGGCGGUUGUGGCGUUGAUUAGUUUGGAGUUUAUUUGGUUGACGCUUGUUGUCAUCGCGCUCGUCCUUACGAUUACGAAUACGCUCGCCUUCUCGAGAUGCGACAAGUUUAGCCAGGCCACGGGCUUUGCUUCAAAUGCCAUGUAUGGCUCUGGUCUCGCGAGUAGUCUGGCUAGUAACAUGCUGUCGGGCAUCUUCAACAGACGAUGA